AUGGAAACGCUAGAAUCCUUUUGGCAAGCUGCCGAACCUAUCCUGCAGUCCGUAUUCGACUCUCCCGAAGCGCCUCCGAAAGAUCUGGACUACAAAACGUUUUCCUCUGUUUAUACAAAGUGCUAUGAUUAUACAACUUCUCGAAAAUCACAAGCGACUGCUGAGGACAGUCCUUCCAUUUCUAGUCAGCUGGCGUCAGAGCCUAGCUCCCCUGCUGCUCUUGUCUUGCCACCACCUUCAUAUAGAAGAAUUGAUGAAUUCUUUGCUGAACGCGCAAAGAUUAUCUAUGACAACUCCCCGGGACCCACUACAUCCUCCUCAGAUCUAGCCAGGUAUGUUCUGGUGCAAUUUACUCAAUUCUCUGGCGCAACUUCCAUCACCUCUCGUCUGCUGAGGUAUCUUGAGCGAUAUGUAAUCAACCAACUGAUAUAUGAAGGACAUGGGUGGUCCACUGUCGGGAACCAGUCUAACAACACCUCGAAAAAAAUGACCGAAGAGCAGCUACUGGAGAGAGAUCGAAAGCUAGAGAGGUGGGGCUACGAAAAAGAUGCAGACAAUAACUUGGGAACGUGGAAAGAGGUCGAAUCUUGGGCUGAAGCCGGCAGCUCUCUAGAUCGUAUCGUGCCUAUCAAAUCUCUAGCCUUUCGAAGACUGAGGGUGGCAUUCCUCGAGCCAUUGCUUGCUGACCAAGGCAGGUUGGCUCUUGCGAUCGGAGAGUUAUUGGAUACCCACAAAUGCCAGGAAGUAGAGGGGUCUGAUAAAGAGGAGUUGUUAUUGGGUUUGAAAGAUGUAUUCCGCAGUUGUGGGAUAGCCCCGGACAAUUUGCAACGUGUCAAAUUGGAACUGUACUUAUGA